AUGUCUGGGAGUGGGGUCAGCGACAACUUACCGGAGGCUCCACCGGUUGAGGCUCGGAAACAUCCAUUUGAGGAAAUCUUCGCCUCAUUUUUCAAUAUCGUGUCUGGUGCUGUUGCCCGUGAGCAGCCAAUGGUCAUGAAGGCGAAUAAUGCAGUGAUACGUACGUGGAGUUCGGCCAAUGCCACGCGUCCUGUGAAGGACGAGGAAAUGCAAUGCAAGCCUGACCUUGCACUGUUGGACGACAUGACAGCUCGGUGGGACACGAUCAAGGCUGUUUGUGAGCUGACAUCACAACCGUACUCACCUCAAAGCACCAUCGGAAAAACCAUCGAUAGCAAGGCAUAUCUUCUCUUGAGGCGAUUUGUUUUACUGCUAUCCCUCACCAACGGGUACCGUGAACUGCGAGUACACAUGUACGACCACUCAGGUGGUGUUGUAACGCCUGGUAUCAAUAUCGUCAGCGAUCCAAACUUUUACCUUCACAUCUUAUCCUGUCUUGUCUUUGGCAAUCCUGAGUGCCUUGGAUACGAUCCUUCGAUCCUCAUCUUUACGAAAACACUUCGGCCUGCCCAGCUUGAAAUUCCAUCAGCUUUUUCUCGCCCGAUGACAAACAAACCACCUACUCUAGAUCAAGCAUGCGAAUCCUUAGUCGAAUCUCCAAUGGAUGAGGUUUUCCAGGGUGGGAGUACUGCCCCCCCUCAGAUCGGGAGCGCCGUCCCCACAAUGUCUAAUGCACCAGCGAGUGCCUCCACAACCAAAGCUACAGUAACUCCUGACCCCCCCCCCCCCCCCCCGAGACAGAAAUCCCCACAGAUCCUCUUCGGGCUUGUUGGGCGCGGCACAGUCUGUUAUUUGGCCAGGAGGGGCGAUGAAGAAUACAUAAUCAAGGACCAUUGGGUCCUUGGGGAUAAAAAUGUUGCCUUGAAUGAAGUUACGAUGCUUCAGGCCAUGCAAGGAGUCCGCGGUGUUCCUCAACUAAUUGAACAUUGGCUUGUUGAGAUUGGGCCUCAAGAGGUUGAUGAAACGAUGAGUUAUUGUGGCAAGAUUUGGCAGAGUAUCAAAGGUACUUCACGCACACAUGUUCAGUUGAUUAGUGCGAUUCGGGACAUCGUUAAAAUUCAACAGAUAGCUGUUGAAGAACGUGGAAUUCUCCACCGAGACUGCAGUCUCAACAACUCCAUGAUCGAGGACGACGGUCAUGGAUCCCAUGGAACAUUAAUCGAUUGGGAGUUCACUGUGCGUAUUCUUACAGGCCAAAAAUAUGCUAUCAGGGGGACGGGAACGGCACCUUUCAUGUCCCGUUCGCUCCUGUUCCAGCUCUCUGAAGCUGUUGGCACACCUCCUCUUAUCAUGCACGGCUGUCAGGACGAUCUCGAGUCAGUAUUUUACGUCUUCAUUUGGAUCUGUAUUGGGUACAGGGGUCCACUUGGCGUGAAACGUGUUCUUGGGCCUCGGAAGCCAUCAGAAGGGGAUUGGCUACUGCGUCUGUGGUCCACCGACUCCUUCAAGGAGAAUGGUAACGAGAAGACCUCAUUCUUUUUCCAUCUGCAUGCACACAAAUUCAGGGAGCAAUUCCACUCCUACUUCCAUGACCUACUUCCACUUGCGGAGGAGUGGUAUGAAUUAAUUAGGAGCAAAGGACCAUCGCAUUCGGUGACAUUUAAAGAAGUCAUCGAUCUUUUGACUAAGCACCUCAACAUCCUUCCAAAGGAUGAGCCUUCCCCAGAGCUUCUAUUCGCGCGGAAGGUCAUUGAUGCACUCCCUGGUGGACUCCCUGAUGCCCUCCCUGGUGGAAAGAGAAAGGAGGUGUCCGAAGCAGUUGAUAAUGAUUUACCGGUCAUGGAACAUGACAUGGCAUUCGGGGGUCAGGCAUCAACUAAUGAUGCGGGUGAGUCUCAGCCUCGAUGUUCGGGUCGUCCGGGUGCAGGGAAAGGAGGUAGGGGCGCCCAGCUGGAAAAGAUAGGUGCUAUCUUGGAUGCUCCAGCGCGGACGAGCCAACCGAAGGGCACCACAUCCCUUAAUUCAGAUUUUCCCGUGAACCCUCUUGCUCCAGAGUUACCUCGCAAGGGUCGUGGGACCCCCUCCUCCUUCACCACUUCAGAGACAUUGGAUUCAAACACCAUGGUUCCCAGACCACGCCCCAAGAAAAUUAAGAAAAUUGUCGCUCCUUCCCUGAGCCUUGAGACCUCGAACAACCAGCCCACUUUCGUUCAACGCGAAGUUGGCCAACGGUACGGAUUUUCUCCACCUGUUGUUCCUCCUGGUACAGAGCUGGAUCUCCAAGCACUCAACAAUCCAUUUGUGGCUGCAGCCAAGGCUGCCAAGGAGCAACAUGUUGCAUCUCACAACUCCCAUCUCAUUGUUGCUGACGCCUUCAAACGUCAUCCUCCUGCUGCUCCUACCAAUGACCAUUUGUUACAGCAGGUACUUUCACGGCCAGUUAUUGCGAACCUGUCGGACGAUAAUCUUGAUCCCACACUUCGGUCAAUCAACCAGGGCGACUUCGGACCGCAAGACACAGACACUGAAGGUUCAGACGCUUCCGAGGAGGGGAGUGAUAGUGAGGAUAUGUCUGAUGGAGACGAUGAUAGUACAAACCAACAAAUUGGUUGGGGAGAAUCUAGAGGACACCAUAAUGCACAUCCUGGUUUUUCGGAGGAAGUCCAACCAUCCCAACCUCGGGUUGCCGUCGCUCUUCCUACCGACUUCGAAUUCCAGCACUCGCGGGAUGAAGAUGAUCAAGCAGCUGGGACUUUGGCGUUCGAUUAUGCUUCAGGCAGUGACGAUUCGGAAACAGGUGCCUCCCAGCCGGCUGAUGUACUGGAACUUCACCAUAAGAAAAAUGGUCAUCCUCGCCUUCCUGAUCCUGCCCUUCUGGCUGGGUGCCCUCAUUCUCCUAACAUAUCACCACCGGUCUGGCCGCCCAUCCAAGAUGCACCCGGAGUGAACACAUUGUUAGUCACAGUGCGGGCAAACGCACUGAUGGAUGAGCCAGGGACUGCGAUGGCAGGUGGAUUGUAUGCCGGUGGAGUCGCCAUUGUCGCUUGA